UCUAAAUUGAAACGAAUUGUCCGGUUACAAUUAUAAUUGUGUUGAAUUUAGAAUGCCCAGGAUUUCGGGAACAAAAUAGGUAUGGUCGGAUAAAGGAGGUUCUGCAGAUCAAUAGUGUAAUCCUUUAAUUGAUGUUAAAUAAAUAUAAUUGAAUAAUAAGUUAAUAUUAAAAAAAAUCCACACGAAUUAGUGAAGUGUUAGUGGACAUAAAAAUGCGAAAUAUAAGUGUAAAAUUAAUUUUAAAUGGAAAAAUACGUUCUUCGAAUAGUGGUAAUUUUCAGCUUUAAACGCAAAUAUCUCGAAUAUUCCCGCGAGUAUAAGUAUAUAUACUCUUGAACUGAAGAACCUCUUCUAUAACUAAAAAUGUUCACUUGUUCGUUUAAGAUAUCUGUUCGUAUGCAGAAUAUCUAAAUUUGUUUAAAAUAAAAACAACAUUAGGUUUUCAUAAUGAAUAAAAGUGAACAUAGUUCGAAUAUGCAUAUACGCAUUUCUGCUCCAAAGCAUGAUUUUAAAAAUUAAAUCAAAAUUAAAAUAUCAUUAAUCAUCAUCUUUUUUAUGAUUUUUCAUAGAAUGAAUUUCGAUGACCUCGUGGAAGAAAUGGAUUCCGAAGUUUAAUGCUCACAACCGUUGAGCCUCCAUAGAGAUAAAGUGUUUAAAAAAUAUCUUACAACUUCGUUUGCGCUCCUCGAGUAGAACCAUCACAAAUUGUGGUACCGUCACCAUCUUCUGGCGGCCAUGCAGGUAUAAUGUAUUAUUAUAUAAAUGUAUGUAUUAGUAUUUGCUUUAUAAAAAUACAUUUAUGUUUUUCAGAUAUAAUCCAGAAGCUGGAUGCCCUUGAGACUCGACUCACUGCCAUUAAAAAGUCCCUAACAGACAAAAUGCCAGAAAAGGCCGAGGUGCAGGCACAAAGCAAAUUAUUACGCGAAUGCCGCGUCAUAGCGGCAAAGAUGCAUCAUUCGAUUAUCCGCAUCACCCGUGACUUGGAGGACGAACAUUACGUGGAGCUCGCUUCGAAACUGCCUAUGUCAUCGGAAGAGCACGUAUCAGUUUUAAGUUGUACGUAUUAGUUUUAAGUUGUAAAUAUUAGUUCUAAGUUGUACAUAUUAGUUGUACGUUGUACAUAUUAGUUUUAAGUUAUACAUAUAAAUUAGUUUUAAGUUGCAUAAAUUAGUUAUCAGUUGUAUAUAUCAGUUCUAAGUUGAAGUUUCUAGCAAUAAUAAUAGGCAUAUU